UCCUUGACCUGGAUGAAGCAGAGGGGCGCCUGAGUUUCCAUUACCUAGGCAACAACAGCCUGCGAGCCUCCACUCUCCUCCCCUCCCCCACCCAGGCCCCAGUCCGGCGUCCGCUCCGGCCGCCGCCACCGCCCCUGUUUUGUUUCCAUGGCGACAGGCGGCGCAGGGCCUGCUCCAAACAUAACGCGCUGUGGAAAACAUGCUGCUCGGGGGACCACCCCCCCGCAGUCCCCGCUCUGGGACGAGCCCCGAGGGGCCCCAGAGCAGUACAGGCCACGUGCAGUUUGGCAAGAGCCCCCAGACCUGGCCUAGGCGCACAAGACCCCGCUCUCCUGGGCCUGCCGCGCCGUCGGGGGUUCGGGGCUCCACUCAGCCGAAGCGCCGUGACUUUCCGAGGCGCGCCUGGCUGACAGCGCUGUCCCGCUACGGGGCCCGCCUCUGGGUGGGCCGGCGGCCGUCCCUCCCCGAGGCCCGCGGCCCAGUCCCCCGCCGUGCGGCUGCCAGUCGAGCCAAGAGAAGCCUCGCCUGCCCGGGGACCUCCCCAGGCCCCCUGCCCGCCACGGCCCGAGGGGCGGUGGCGGGGGGCGGGUCCGCGCAGGGGAGGGCAGGAGCACAGAAGAAAGUGUUUCCGGGACAGAGGGCGGGCAAGAUGGCGGCGCCCAUGGAGCUAUUCUGCUGGUCAGGGGGUUGGGGCUUGCCGUCAGUGGACCUGGACAGCCUGGCCGUGCUGACCUAUGCCAGAUUUACUGGUGCUCCACUGAAGGUGCACAAGAUCAGCAACCCCUGGCGGAGCCCUUCAGGAACUCUGCCUGCCCUUCGGACCAGUCAUGGAGAGGUCAUCUCAGUACCACACAAGAUCAUCACCCACUUUCGAAAAGAGGUAGGUGGCUUGCAUAGAGGGUGCUGCCAGUGAGAGAAAUUCAGUCAGUUCUGUACAUUACACAUUUAUUGAACACAAGACAUAUGCCAUGCUAGAUGCAGGUGACCCAGAGCAUCAAGGAGCACACAGCCUGAUGGCGGAGACACACACAAUCUUGCUGUGAUGUAUUAAAGCAGUUGGCAAGAGAUGCAGCUCAGGGAACUGUUCGGGUAUCCAGAGGCACAGUGUCUUCUACCUGUCGGGGGAGAAGAGCACAAGCUGAAAGAGAGCAGAAGACAGCAGUUGGCCUCUGAUGGUGGGACUGGGAAGAGAUUUCUUUUCUUUUCUUUUCGAGAUGGAGUCUCGCACUGCUGGUCGGGCUGCAGUGCAGUGGCGCAGUCUGA